AUGGGCUUCCCACUACCACCGGAGUUGAUACAGAUUGUGUUGGACUUCAUUAUUGCCGAGGAGAACGCCAAAUAUCCUCCAUAUUUUACCCAGAACACUAAUUUGACCUCAUAUGCCACUAUCAACUGCGAUUGGCAAAGAAGAAGCCAUGUACGGGAAAUCCAUUUCAUCGCGGAGCUGGAUUCGUAUGAUGGCGAGGCUCGCACACGGUACGAAAAUGAAGAGGAGAUGCUGCAAAACAGCAAAGUUUUUACCACUUCAAUUCAGUCACUAUUCAAUUCUCUAUCUGAAUGGCCGGACAACGAACUGGGCAUCAGUCUUGGAUUAUGGCGCAGUCCCCCGGCGAUAUUAGCGUCCAAAGUCCCGAGGCAAGGAAGCAGCGCGGGUGGGAUAGAUCACGUCCCUUGA